AUGAGAGAGCUAUUCGGGGUGACUGAUGAUGAUCCUUUCAAUGUUCAAAAGAAAAAUCAGAUGAAAGAUGCGCAAGUUGAGGUUAAUGAUAUUCGGAUGCAAUUGAUUACAAUGUUGAAACAAAAGUCUAGAAAUCAAUGGCUGGUGGAGGGGGCUAGUAAUACUAGUUUCUUUCAUAAUAGCAUUCGUAUGAGGAGGAGGAAGGAUUCUCUUUUUGAUAUUGAGCAUGAUAGUAUAUCUGUUGAGGAGAGUGACUUUAUGGAUCACUUGCCUUCUGUGAAGGAGAUUCAUGAGGCUAUUUUUGGCUUGGGAGCGGAUAGUGCUCCAGGUCUGGAUGAGUUUGCUGGUUUUUUCUAUAGGGAAAGAGGUGCUAAUACUCUUAAGAACUUCAGACCAAUAGGUCUUAAUAAUUUCUUUUUCAAGAAUUUUACUAAGAUUCUAGCUACUCGUAUGGGAAGUGUUUUGGGUAAUUUAGUUUCGGAAGAGGAAGUGGCCUUUAUGAAGGGUAGAAAUAUCCAUGAGAAUAUCAGUUUGUGUUAUUUGGAGUUUGUGUUAGCUAUCUCUACCUUUAUGUGUAGUAAACUUCUUGCUGAUGUUCUUCAAAAUGCUUCAGAAAUGGUGAAUGAGCUUCAGAUUAAGCGCAAGGAGGGUAAUGUGGGUUUAAAGCUUGAUAUUACACAAGCUUUCGACACAAUCUUGCAGAUUCUAAAAUCAGCUAGAAUUUUUGCCCUUGUUAAUGGUAGCCCUGAAGGUAACAUGAAAAAUUUGAGGAAUUUGGUUAUUUUACUUGGUUCUUGUCAACGUGCUUCGGGUCAAACCUUCAGUCGUGAAAAGAGCAAGAUCUAUUAUGGAGGAGGCUCUUUGAGGAGGAGGGCAUCCAUUGCUGAUUUUUUUGGCAUGAAUAUUGUUAUUUUUCCAGAUAUAUAUUUGGGGGUAAAGGUUAUGCCGGGUGCGGUUAAAUAUCACCAUGUUAGUAAUGUGGUUGAAAAGAUUAAGGAGCAAUUAACGGGUUGGAAAGGGAGGAUGUUAUCUUUUCAAGAUAGAGUGGUACUUUUCAAAUCGGUGUUUGCGAGCUAUUCUAUACAUAAUAUGGCUGUUUAA